AUGCAGCCGACAGAGGAAAGCCUCAAGUCGCUCGCGCAAUGCUUCCUCCAGACGCUCGCGCCGGACCCCGAGCCGCGCAAGCAGGCGGAGAAUUUUCUCAAGACGGCGGCGGGGCAACCGGGGUUCGGCAUCACGUCGGAGCACGAUCCGCUUGGCCACGUUCCCAUCCAGGACGACGAGAAGGCGAAGAUCAAGGAGCACAUCGUGCCGCUCAUGCUCUCCGCGCCGCCCAAGAUCCAGGCGCAGAUCAGCGAGGCGCUCUCCAUUAUAAGCACGCACGACUUCCCCGCCAAGUGGGAGAACCUCCUCCCGGAGCUUGCGCUCUUUAUAAGCUCAGGCCAGCUCAUCGCAGCCAAUCAGGACAAGCCGGACACGCUCCGCGUGCUGCUCAACUGCCAGCGUCUUAUCUGCCGGAUAUUCUUUUCGCUCAACUCGCAAGAGCUGCCCGAGGUUUUCGAGGAUCACCUACAGGAAUGGAUGGGGGAGUUCCAUAAGUACCUCACUUAUGAGAACCCGCUGCUGAACGAGAAGGACCCGGAGAAGGAGGGCAUUCUGGACCAGCUCAAAGCAGCCAUCUGCGAGAACAUCAAUCUCUACAUGGAGAAGAACGAGGAGGAGUUCAAGGACUUCCUGCCCACGUUCGUGACGGACGUGUGGACGCUGCUCAUCAAGCUCCCGCAGUCGCCCGAGGGCCUGGGACCCGGGCGCGACCGGCUGGCCAUCGUGGCGAUCCGGUUCCUCACGACUGUGAGCCGCAGCGUGCACCACGCGCUGUUCAAGGACGCGGAGACGCUGCGGAAGAUCUGUGAGGGGAUCGUGCUGCCGAACUCGAGGCUGCGGGAUGAAGAUGAGGAGCUGUUUGAGAUGAACUUCGUGGAGUACAUUCGCAGGGACAUGGAGGGCAGUGACAGCGACACGAGGCGGCGAAUGGCAUGCGAGCUCGUCAAGGGUCUGUCCACGAGCUACGAGGCGGAGGUGACGCACCUCUUCUCACAGUACGUCAACUCGGAGCUCGCCCAGUACGCUGUCAACCCAGAAGCCAACUGGAAGGCCAAGGACACAGCGGUGUUCCUUGUGGUGGCGCUCGCUGUUAAACAGAAGACUGCCGCUGCUGGCGCCACGGCGACUAAUAAUCUGGUGAAUCUUGGAGAGUUUUUCUCCGGGCAGAUUCUGCCCGAGUUGCGCGCGGCGGACGUGAACGCGCAGCCGGUGCUGAAGGCGAACGCGCUGAAAUUCCUGACCACGUUUCGCGGGCAGAUUCCGAAGGAGACGUGCCUGGAGUUGAUGCCACAGCUGCUGCGGUUUGUAGGGGCGGAAUCGAAUGUCGUGCACUCGUACGCGGCUAACGCUAUAGAGAGGCUGCUUAUGACGAGGGACGGCGGGCAGCUGAGAUUCUCGGGCGCUGACGUGGCGACGUUCGCAGGAGCCGCUGCUGGGGGAGCUGUUCAAGGCGCUCAAGAUGCCCGACUCGCAGGAGAACCAGUAUCCCUCGUCGCCCUCCUCACGGCCGCCUGUCGCAACCCCGCCAACCCCUCCUUCAAUCACUACGCCUUUGAGGCCGUGGCGGCGCUCGUCAGGCGGGCGGCAGCGGAGGACGCACCUGGCCAGGUGCCUGUGUGUGAGGCGCAGGUGUUUCCUCUGCUGCAGCUCGUGCUCGACGCCGACGUGCAGGAGUUUGCACCGUACGCCUUUCAGCUCCUCGCGCUGCUCAUAGAGAGCCGCUCAGCCCCGCCCCUGCUACCACUCCCAGCGGCAUACAUGGCGCUCUUCCCCGCGCUCAUCUCCCCCAUGCUGUGGGAGCGAGCCGGCAACGUCCCCGCCCUCGUGCGCCUGCUGCAGGCGUACCUGCAAAAAGCAUCAAAGGAGAUAGUGGGGGGAGGGCAGGUGCCGCCAGUGCUGGGAGUGUUUCAGAAGCUGAUAGCGUCGAAGCACUCGGACCAUCAGGGCUUCUUCAUUCUCAACACCGUCGUGGAGCAUCUAGACCAUGCCGCCCUCGCUCCGUUUGUGCCCACCAUCUGGAACCUGCUCUUCUACCGCCUGCAGAACUCCCGCACGCCCAAGUUCGUGCGAGGGCUGCUCAUAUUCCUCGCGCUCUUCCUGGUGAAGCACGGAGUGGCGCCCGUGGUGGCGUCAGUUAACGCCGUGCAGCCGGGCCUCUUCCUGCAGAUCACCGCCGGGGUGUGGGCGCCUGGCCUGCCCUCCAUCUGUGACGCCGUGGAGACCAAGCUGUGUGCCGUGGCGGCCACUGACGUGCUCUGUGAAUGCAGCGACCUGCAGGCUGAUUCCGCCCUGCCGACCUGGGCUCGUCUCCUUGACGCCGUUCUAACCCUGCUGGUGCAGCCCAAGGAGCAGCGCGAGGCAGCACAGGCGGAGGAGCCAGACGUGCCAGACGCAGAGGAGAUCGCAUCAGGGUAUGCCGCCUCGUAUGCCCAGCUGCACCAUGCGGGGAAGACGGAGGAGGAUCCAGUUAAGGAUAAGACGAAUGAUGCGAGGCAGUAUUUGACUGCGGGGCUGGGGUCGCUGACGGCGAGGAGUCCGGGGCGGUUUGGAGCGGUGAUACAGCAGGGGGUGAGUGAUGCGAACAGGGAGGCUUUGGCGCAGUUCUGUGCCGGUUACGGGGUAACGCUUGCGUGA